UGAUGGGUAGCCUAUUAGCAGUCAGUUUCACUUUCCGACUGAUCGCAACUACAGUAGAACUAGAAGCAAGCUUAUCUUGGAAAACCGUCAAUGUGAAACGGCUGUGCGUGGCAGGGGAAAGAGUCCGUAGUCAUGGCCACAGCACUGAGUGUAGAGAUGAACAUGAAGUCGUCCGACCUCAUCAAGAAAGAGCCACUGGACUACGGUGGCUUUGGGGAGGUCCACCUCUGCUACCACAAAACCCUUGGCCAGGUGGUGAUGAAGACAGUCUACACGGGUCCACAGCGCGCAGAAUCUCACCGUCAGUCUCUACUGUCUGAGGGCAGCCUGAUGAGGAAACUGAACCAUGAGCGGGUGGUGAAGCUGCUGGGAGUGAUCUUGGAGGAUGGAGACUACUCUCUGGUCAUGGAGUUCAUUCCCAAGGGCAACCUGCUGAACAUGCUGGAGGAGGUGUCUGUCCCACUCUCCAUCAAAGGAAGAAUCAUUGUGGAAAUUCUUGAAGGGAUGAUUUACCUAACACAGAAUCAAAUCACACACAAAGACCUGAAGCCUGAGAAUAUAUUAGUGGAUGAAGGCUUCCACAUAAAGAUUGCAGACCUUGGCUUAGCAACGUGUCAGCAGUGGAGCAAGCUGACGAAGGAGGAGUCCCGCAGGCGGAGCCAGACGGGCCGCGCGGGCUGUGGGAGCGGGGCAGGUACCCUCUACUACAUGGCCCCCGAGCACCUGCAGAGCAUCCACGCACGCUCCUCCGAGAAGUCGGACGUCUACAGCUUUGCCAUCGUCAUCUGGGUGAUCCUCACCAGCAAGGAGCCGUACGAGAAUGCCAGGUCAGAGGACCAUAUAUGUCAGUGUGUGCGUCAGGGUGACCGGCCGGACGACGAGAGCAUCCCAGAAGGCACGCCAAAGGAAAUCAGCUCCCUUAUGAAGCAGUGCUGGGACCAGGACCCUCAGCAACGGCCAACCUUCAAACAGGCCUACGAGAGGUUCCUUCCCUUCUACAAAGACCACUUAGAGAGCGAUGUGGAAAUAGACGCUCAGAAGCUCAAGAACUUGUAUAGUGGCCCCAAGGAACUGGUGGAGAAGAUGAAAUCUCUCGGAAUGGCGCACCCUGGUGUGACACCAUCUGACAGGCGACCAGCCUCCACCCAUGCUACUGACAGCCCUGCGUCCCUGCACAGCUCCGAGAUGGCUCCGGUGGAGGCCAGCAUCGAAGACCUCCACUUCACCGUGAACGCCGUGCCGAGCCUGCAGGCAGACGCGGCGCCCGUCGUCACACCCACGUCCCCCGCCAGCAACCUGGAGGACAAGCUCAAGCAGGAGCUGGACUACCACCAGACUGGCAGCUACGGCCAAUAUGGCCAGUGUGACCUGCCUGAUGGCAGCCACUACCAUCCCCUGCCGUACGCACCUGCUUUCCCCCACCCCCAGCAGCAGCAACCACAGAAGCAGAACCUGCCGCAGCAGACCACCAAUGGCCACCGCUGGCCCCCGGAGGUGCCGUGCCAGGAGUCCACCGUGCAGUCCUGGAGAAAAGGCGAGGCCAGAGCACAUAGUCCGGAGGAUGGCACCACGGGCCUGGGUGUGUUUAUGGGCCUGGGCCUCGGUGGAGGACCGGUGCCAGACGCGGCGAGGUACCGGAGCCAGGUGUCGGGAGGGAGCCUGUACUCCUAUGAGCCGCCCCCUCGGUUGGAGCGGCACCAGUCCUGGCCCACCAACCACCCGGUGCCGGAGUCGGCCAUGCCAGACUACUCGCCCGGCAACAUGCGGUUUGGUAAUGGGCUGGCUGCCUCACAGGAGCCGGCCAUUCAUAUUGCUGGUGCCCGGGCCGUUCAGAUCGGACACGGCAACACAAUGAGCAUCCAGUCACUUGAACCCAGCUCCAUGCUUUCUCAGUCAAAUGGCAACUCCCCCAACAACAAGUACAAAGAGCUCCUGACGAAAUACAGUGACCACGCCAUCAACGACGACCACCUGGAGCUUCUCCGCGACAACAUCGGCGGCAACUGGAAGAAGUGUGCGCGGCGGCUGAUGCUGACGGACGUGGAGGUGGACACCAUCGACCACGACUACAACCGCGACGGCCUGAGCGAGAAGGUGCACCAGAUGCUGCACCGCUGGCGCAUGAAGGAGGGCAGCGUGGGCUGCACCGUGGGCCGCCUGUGCCAGGCGCUCAGCGACUGCGUCCCCGUCGACCUGCUGCUCCGCCUGUUGCACAAGUGUCGGGAGAUCGCCAGCCCUUAAAGGUGCAAUAUUUUUAGAAGUUUUAUUUCCAGAAUACCUGCUGCCCCUUCACAAAUGCUACCUUUUUCAUGAAUACUUACCACCCCCAUCAAAUUUUAAGUAUUUGUUAUGACUAGGAAAAUUGCACUUUUCAUACAUGAAAAGGGGGAUCUUCUCCAUUGUCUGGCAUUUUUAAAAAAAUUUAGCUGCAAAAGUUUUUGGACUUUGGUCAUACUAGUAAAUUACUCAUUAUUUAGUUAAUAUUAAUGAAAAGAUCAAAUUUGGCAGUAGGCAGCAGAGUUUCAAUGAUCAGCAUUGUUGCAAUACCCACUCUGGCCACCAUCCUACACAGUGCACCUUUAAAGGAGGGACAACGGGUAGGGAAAAGGAAGGGAGGGAUGGAGAAGCGCUUCCUCAGAUACUGUUUUUUAAUUUUCAUUUUAAUUUUUUAAAAUCUUUUUUUUACUCUAUUUUACGAUAGGACAGUGAAGGAUUGACAGGAAUCGAAUGGGGGGAGAGAAAGAUGUGGGGAAGGAUCGGCAUAGGACCCGGGCCGGAGUGGAACACGGGUCACCAGCUUAGCAGCCCAGUGUCCUGCCAUGGUAGAGCCUCUCAGAUACUGUUGAUGUCGGACCGAGAGUCAGGACCUUGUCAGACUGUGAAACCUUUGCUUCGCCCCCUUCAACUGGCAAUCAAAACUGACAUCAGCCUUAUAUUUUUGGGCAUCCUCCAAAGAGUCCCAGCUUACUCCUAGCUCACUGUGUGAAUGUUUUUUUUUACGUCUCCAUGUAAAAUUCUUGACAGUCGGGCACGCGCCCCCGUGCGCACGCACACGCACACACACACACACACACACACACACACACACACACACACACACACGUGCGUGCAUGCAAACGCAUGGACACACACACACGUGCGUGCAUGCAAACGCAUGGACACACACACACACACACACACACAUAACAAUUUUACACCCUUGUCUAUGUGAGGGUCUCCUCUACCUCUUUCUUUAGGUGACGCCAGUUUUAACAUUUGUGGAAACUCAGGAAGGACGCCGGAGCCCUGAGUACCAGCGAACUGCAAAGAUGUAUGGAGUAUGUACUGGAAGCAACGAUGGAAGGCUUGUCUGAGGACGACCUAGAGAGAGAGAGAGCGAGAGAGAGAGAGAGAGAGAGAGACGCCAGUGAGCCGUAUCAUAAUAUGUUUGGCCAAUAGAGUAAGUGCUUCGAAUGAGCUUGUGAGGUACUACCUGGCCUCUGUGAUACCACGAUCAGUGAAGGAGUUUAUCAUUUAAUUUAGUCAAAAGUAAUUACAAGAGACUAUGAAGACUUGUGCGUCAUUUUUCAUGUUUCUGGUUUUAUCUAAAACCAAUUUCUGUCCAUUUAUGUGUUUCAACGAGUGUUUGUGUAUGCAUCUUGGUGCACUACUGACACUGAAGAGGUAAAGUCUGUACAGUGGUGCAUUUGUCAUGAAUAACAUUUCUUAUUACUUGACUAACUCCAUAGAAGCUAUCUUUUGGCUGUCAUCUGUCAUAUCACAUGUGCGCUGUAUCAGCUUUGGAGCAUCUAAGAGCCUGUGGAACACAAGGGCAGGAAAGGAACGAUUGUUUGAGAAUCAUUGUGUCGUUUUGUAACAGGGCUAUUUCUGUACUAGACACAUGCCAGUGCUUUGCUGUGGUUUGACUCGAGGGUUGCACUUCGUACUUUUAAAGGUACACUGUGUGAGAUUUGUAGCUGUUUAUUUCCAGAAUUCAUGCUACCUAUUCACUAAUGUUACCUUUUUCAUGAAUACUUACCGCCACCCUCAAAUUCUAAGUAUUCAUUAUGACUGAAAAAUUGCACUUUUCAUACAUGAAAAGGGGGAUCUUCUCAAUGGUCCGCCAUUUUGACUUUCCAGAAAUAGCCAUUCUUAGCUGCAAAAAUGACUGUACUUGGGCCAUGCUAGAAAAUUUUAGUUUAUUACUUAGUAAACUUUCAUAAAAAGAUCGAUUUUGGUAAUAGACAGCCCUGUUUCAAUGAGCAGCAUAGUUGCAGUACUUUUUUUGACCAUUUCCUGCACAGUGUACCUUUAAAGUUGUGUCUGUUUUUUCUGUGUUGUGGUUGUCCACUGGAUCGGGAACUGUAACUAACACGGAAAAUUGUCUUUUUUAUAAUGAUGUCAUUAAAUAUGCACCUGCCUCAAAAUUGCUGUGUCAUUGACAUUCAUCAACAUCUGA